AUGACGUACGAUAUCAUCAUGACUGUCUAUUACAGCGACGGAGGAGUAUCUUGUCAGACACUCCGCGACGAGCCAAAUACCACGCAGAGGAGUUCACGGAGGGGAAGACUCGUGGCCUUGGAGAACGUGACGUCGAAUCAGAUCCUUCUGAUGCUACUGAACGUUUUGCACGAAUAUCUGCAAGAGUCGUUUGAUAACGUUGAUGACAAAGCAUCUCCGAGAUGCCAAGGUUUCACAAUCGAAGAUACGACGGUGAUCGACGUCAACAACAAUCUCGCUACGAAGAGCGACAAUCACGAUCUUAGCGCGGACAAAAGGACCUGUUCCUGCAAAUAUCAUCAAACGGCAGCUUGCGACGGUAGGGAGCUCACAGACACCGACGAACGUAUCGGCGAAAGCGAGAAGACAAGCGGUAAAUGCGACAACGUCAGAAACGAUCUCGCGAGUUUGAGAUCCGAUUUUGGCCCGAGUCGGUUCCCGGAAGGAUCUGUCUCAACGAAAAACGCCGGUUUGUCCACAAAGGAAACACAGGACAAGGCUAUUUGCUGCCCUGCGAUUCACGGGAAGUCGAAGAAACCGUUACCGUACCGCAAUAUCGAUAACGACGGCUGCGCGGCGAAAGUGAAGGCCUCGUUAUCGCCUAGAUGUGAUCUGAUGUGCCAUUUGCGGAAAAGAAAGAAAGACUUGCCGAAUAGGAACAAGCGGACAGUCUGCAAGAGCAAAUGUCUGGGCAACGAUGUGCAACUGCCGGUUGACUCGGCGAAGCCCUUCCCCCUGUUAAUCACCGAUAGGCAAGGCCUCAUCGAGAUUCACGUGUCACGGCUGCAGCUUUCGACGUCGGCCUCGAAGAUCUCAGGUGAGGACGACCUGCGUAAUCUCUACGUUUACGUGAGCUGGGACAUCUGGGACGAGAAAACGGCGCACACGGUGGCGAUGAGGUGUCCGAAUCUCAACUUCAACUUCUCCUCCGUCUACCGCAUCGAGGAUCUCUUCUCCUUCUUCAACAACGUGCUGUUGGAGUAUCUGGUCUUCCGGGUGAACGUCGUUCGUCGCGACGACACGGGAUAUACAAUCGCCAGAGCGAGAGUCUCCAUCAAGGAUAUCCUAGAUUACCCGCAGAACAAGCUGCCUUACAUCGUGCCCGUCAGCAGCAUCCUUUCUCGCACCUACGGCGACAAUUUCGGCCAGCUGUCGCUCUGGAUUCGGUUGAAUUGUGACGCCGAGAUGGUCGAAGUUUUUAAAGAGCGACACGACGUAGCUUCGUUGCGAGAUAUCGCGCCGCAGGAUACUCCUCACACACCGUCUCCGGCACAAGCAGAUACGCUCGAGGAUCAAAAAGAUGACGAUGUUGCGUCCGUAGUUUCAACGGACGACCAACACCUCCCACCGCUAAUAAAAUCAAAUUCUUUGUAUGAAACAAAUUCGGACGACGAGAACAACUAUGUCACUUCCAAUAACGAAGAAUCCUCGUCUACGCCUGUUAACGAGUCGAACGACAUAUUCGAGGAGGAGAACGGGAAAUACGCGAAAAGGGAAAGGUAAGACCUCUCAGUGACGACAGAUGAUAGAACGAAGAUGCUGAAGGAGCGUACGGAGCCGGCGGAGUCAUCGAGCAUAACGCAGUUCAAGAGUAUCAUCACGAACAAACUUGAGAAAGAUACGAUAAUCAUAGAAAUAGUGAGCGUGCUGUUCUUUGACGAUUCCGUCGUAGGGAACGACGAGAUACAUUUGAUUUUCGUAGAAUAUUCCUUUCUCGGGCAUUACGGCGAGGAUAUGGAGUCCGUGUCCGUGGAAAAGCCGCGAGUAGCUGAUCAAGAGAUGUUCUUCAAUUUUCGAAAAAAAUUCCGGAUAGAUGAGAAAAAGCACAUCGUUGAAAGAGACACUUUACGCGCCAUGUUGACUGAAUGUAAAAGUCCGAACGUUAAAUUUGUUGUUGUCAGCGAACCAUUGCCCGAGCAGACGGAUAAAGAAUGUGUGGAUAUCGGGUAAAUGGAAGAACUUCUUAAAUUUGGACGUAUCAUCACAUGAAUUUUUCAUCACGGAUUAUUUCUUCCAGUUUGGCGAGAUUUAACAUAAAAGAAUACGCGCUCGGCGACGGCUGCAGAGAUAUAUCGCUACCGAUUAUGGAUAAACGGUACAAAGAAAUCGGUAUUCUGAAGGUAUAAUAAAAAUAUAAUUGAGUUAUUUUGAAUGAGACAAUAGAUAUCGAAUUACUGAUGCGAGCUUGGUGCAGAUUAUCGUGUUGGGUUUCAACGCUAUCAAGCAGUGUUUGGUGGACAUACAGACGAAUAACUUAAGGUAGAUCGCGUCAAAGUGACGUACGCGUGAGAUUUUACACGAGCCGCGGCGUCUCUAUG